AUGUUCGGCGACGUGUACUUACUGGCCGACGUGUUUGAAACGUUCCGGAAGUUUAUCCUCGAGCACUACAGACUCGAUCCAGCUGCGUAUCUGACGACCCCUUCGUUAGCCUGGGAUGCGAUGAAGCUAAUGACAGGGGUCAAAAUAGAGCUCAUGACGGAGCACGAUCAGGUGCAAUACGUCAUGAAAAACAUCCGUGGGGGGUUGGUCCAAUGCAAUCAACAUUAUGCAAAGGCCAACAAUAAGUAUAUGGAGGACUAUGACCCGACGGAAGAGCCAUCGUACAUCAUGCAGUUAGACGAAAAUAACCUUUACGGGUGUGCGAUGAGCCUCCCCCUUCCGAUUGGUGAGUUCCAUUUCUUAACCCCCGCGGAGCUCACCACUUUUGACCCCCUCACCGUUUCGGACGAUGCGGAAUUCGGCUAUUUUGUGGAGGUAGACCUCGAAUAUCCGCACGCCGUCCACGACCGCCUAGCAGAUUUACCGUUCUUUCCGGAGAACAUGGUUCCACCCGGAGGCAAACAGCCAAAGCUCAUAGCCAACCUGAUCAAUAAAGAGAAAUACGUCACUCAUUACAGGUGCUUACAGCAAGGCGUUGCCAACGGGGUGGUUCUCCGGAGAAUCCAUAGCGCACUUCGGUUUCGGCAGCGUGCUUGGAUCCGUCCGUUCAUCGAAACGAACACGAGAUUGCGCGCUGCGACCAGGACGAAGUUCGAGGGCAACUUGCCAAAACUGAUGUCGAACUCGGUUUACGGCAAGGCGCUCGAGCACCCUGAAAAACGAACCAAAGUGCACAUUGUCACGCGCUGGAGAAACGUCAAGCAGAGACUAGGAGCCGGUGUUUUGAUAGCUAAACCCACGUUCGACAGCGUGGCGAUCUUUACCCCGUCCAUGGCGGCCGUGCAGAUGACCAAAUCGGUUAUCAAGUACGACCGGCCGUCAUACGCGGGUUUCGCCGUGCUGGAGCUGUCAAAAUACAUUCUAUACGACUUCCAUUACGGGUACAUGGUACGAUACCAGCAACUUCAGUCCGGACAACCCAUACGGAAUGCCUUUGGUCAACAAAAUGCUUUUAUGGAAGAUGAAGGACGAAGCUGGUGGUAA